ACUCGUUUUUGCAUUUGACAGCCGUAUUACAUAAACUGAAUAAAAAUAAGGAAUCCAAUGGCUGGAUUAAUUAGGAAUUUUAGCCUUAAGUUGGCUUCCCAAGCGGCUGUCAAGAAUGGCUUUGCUGCUGCUUCGAACGCUGGGGCAAUGCGUUUGGCCAGUUCAGAUGCGGAUGCCAAGAAAACAGAUAAGCCUACUGUUCGAAAACCAAACGAAGUUGCCCGCAGCCAUCUUUCAGACUUUGGUCGCUAUGUAGCCGAGUGCAUGCCCAAGUAUGUGCAAAAGGUCCAAUUGACUUCGGGUGAUGAAUUGGAGGUAUUAAUUGCUCCCGAGGGUGUUGUGCCCGUCUUGCAAUUCCUGAAAGAUCAUCACCAGGCUCAAUUUAGCAACCUGGUCGAUAUUGCUGGCAUGGAUGUUCCUGGCCGUAAAUACCGCUUCGAAGUCAUUUACAAUAUUCUAUCGUUGCGCUAUAAUUCCCGCAUUCGCGUGAAGACCUAUACCGAUGAAUUAACUCCAUUAGAUUCCUGUAAUGAGGUGUACAAGGCCGCCAACUGGUAUGAACGUGAAAUCUAUGACAUGUACGGUGUGUUCUUUGCCAACCAUCCAGAUUUGCGUCGUAUCCUUACCGACUAUGGUUUUGAGGGUCAUCCACAACGUCGUGAUUUCCCCUUGUCUGGCUAUGUUGAAUUGCGUUAUGACGAUGAGAAGAAACGUGUGGUAUGCGAGCCAUUGGAAUUGGCUCAGGAAUUCAGGAAGUUCGAUUUAUCAGCCCCCUGGGAGCAGUUCCCCAAUUUCCGCAAGGCGCUGCCCGCAUCUGAGCAAGUCGAAACAGAAAAGAAGAAGCAGUAAUUGGAGCAGCAUGUAAAUAUUAAAUGUGUCUUGGAGACUUAUAGGAAAAAUAAUUUAGAAGAAAAUUGGAGAAUAAAUCGCAAGGAAAUACUAACAACCUUAA